UCGCUGUUAUGCGACUUCCUUCGGACCGGCCAUCCAUCGCCUGCAAUGACACUCAGAGCCAUGGACAUGGAUGCCCACAUGCAGUUCACUCCGAAAUCACGUUGAGUACGGAUGAGGAGAUUAUUCAUAUGCGUCGAGACCAAGUCUUCUCUCUUCACUGGAUGAGAUUUUCUUCUUUCUUGAUAUAUUCGGUCCCUUGUAUGGCUCCAUGGAAGGAUCCGCGACUGUUGACUUGGAAGACCAUAUAUAAGCUAGCAUUCGUCGAGGUUGUGAGCAUGGAACGCUGAUUUCAAUCUCUUUGAACACAACUUUAGCGCUCGGGGCUGCCGUAUUCGCUUGGAAGAAGGCCAUCUAUUCAUUGGGUCCUAGAACCAAUCUCUUGAGCUGAAGGAGGAGGUCACAGUCUUCUUCUAAAUCUAGUUACUUCUCGAGCCCCGGACUCACGACAGCAGCAUGGAGAGAACUCAUCGGACAUGGAAAUUGAUCGCGUUUCUCAGUGCACUGUGUCUCCUUUCGUCGGGAUGCUGGAGGCCUGCGAGCGCCAUGGAGAUGAAGGCGGUGCAUUUCACGUACUACGUUCACGACACCUUAGUGCCGCCAGGAGUUACUACUGUAGUAGUCGCCGGCGCCAACGCAAGUCUCACUGGCCCAUCUGCCCUCGGCGAUAUCAGCGUCUUCGAUAGCGUUCUCAGGAAGACAGCUUCCAAUGCUUCAGCUCAAGUCGGGCACAGCUCGGGCCAAUUGGUGUCGCUCAAUGAUCCAGCAGAGAAGCUCAUUAUCUUAGUGCAGGAUAUCACAAUCUCCGGCUACUCGGGAACCAUCUCAGCGUCCGGCAGGUUCAACUUCUCCACCCUAUCUUGGGAGUUGGGAGUCAGCUCUGGCACGGCUUCCUUCAGAGGAGCGAUGGGUUACCUCAGACCCACGAUUGUUGCUCUUGACCCAGUAUUUCCGGUUGUGAAGUACGAGGCAAAUCUGAUACUUCCAAAGUUUUGGAAUUAAUUUCAUCGUUUGAAAGGCGUUCGAACGGAUUAUACCCCAGGUUUUGUCCUCUGCGCAUAUGCGUGGAGCUCAGGAGCUGGCUGUUGCGCUCGAUACCGUGUUAUUUUUAUGAAGAGAUUAAAGCCACAACAAUGUAGUUGGUAGUUCUCAGAUGUCAUUUUGAGUCCUCUAAUUCACCCCUUCACUCAAUGUUUGUUCCAUCCUGUUGUGCGCCGAUGCAUAGUCGACUCGCACACAGUCCUGAUUAAAGUUCUGCCUUCGAUAGAUGUCCCACGUGUGUUCACAUUGCACUAGCAGAUCAUUUUCUGCGAUUGCUAUCCUUCUGACUCAUAAGGAUAGAACAUUCAUGGUUUAGGCAUACAGAAUUGAAUACCAAUAGUUAUGAGCUAUGUAUAAGUUAUGAGCUAUGAAGCUAUGUCAGUCUUUCCAGCAAGAGCCGGGCUCAAUAGUGAUGUCCAUGAGGAUGUUUUCUCUAUUUUUUUUGAAUUGGAACAAGCAGCUUGUUGCGUGCAAGCUAUUCUCCUGUUUCGGUGGAACUGUGAUGAGAGAAUGUCUCGGUAAUAGUGCAGAAGGUUCGUGCGAUAGUACAUUGUAAUAUCCCAC